UUCGACCUUGAACCAUCCAUUUGUCGCCAACGUCAAUUUCAACCAAAGAAAGGAGACCAAAAACACCCUCAACCGCCAUGCCAUUGGACACAUCCGCAUACUCCCUCGCGCUCCUGCGCGUCGACGGCCGACGAUGGAACGAGCUGCGGCGCUGCCACGCGCAGAUCCGCACGCAGGCCGCAGCCGACGGGUCCAGCUACCUCGAGAUGGGACACACCAAGGUCAUGUGCGUGGUGACGGGGCCGAGCGAGGCGGCACCGGGCCAGCGGAGGACGGGGGUCAACAUCACGGCGACCGCGACCGGCGGUGGCCAGGGCGCCCAGUCCAAGGAGGCGGAGGUGGUGGUCAGCAUAGUGGUCGCGGGGUUCAGCUCGGUGGAUAGGAAGAAGCGCGGCCGGGGUGACAAGCGUAUACAAGAACUCCAGGCGACGGUCUCACACGCCCUCUCAGCAACCCUACACACCCACCUCUUCCAGCACAGCACCAUCACCUUCUCCCUGCACGUCCUGUCCCAGGACGGAUCGCUGCUGGCCGCCCUGAUCAACGCCGCCACGCUCGCCGCCGUCGAUGCCGGAAUCCCCAUGGCCGACUACGUUGUCGCCUGCUCGGCCGGCUCGACCUCGUCCUACGCCGCGGCCGACGAGUCGGCCGAUCCACUGCUGGACCUCAACCAGCAGGAGGAGACGGAGCUGCCGGGGCUCACGGCCGCGACGCUGGGCGCGACGGACCGCGUUGUCGUGCUCUCGUGCGAAAGCAGAGUCCAGGCCAGCCGGUUAGAAGGGAUGCUGGCCGUCGCGGUCGAUGGGUGCAAGCAGGUCAGGGAGAUUUUGGACAGGGUCGUCAAGGAAAGGGGCAGGCAAAUGAUCCGCGAGGGUGCCAUAGAAAAGGCGGAUGCGCUCAUGAUGGAUAUGGAGUCGUAAUGCACAAGAUGUUGACGGUUUGCAAUGGGUCACGGUUUCAUAGUAGGCGUUUAGGUGUCAGGCGGGUUUUGGAGCAUCGCAUUCAAGCAUAAAACACCGGAAACCUCCGGAUACAAGGAAUGUUCAUAUGUCGGAUUUUGAAUUUGCAACUAACGGACCGCUUAACAAUACAUAUAUGUGAACAAAACCAACACAGAUCGCACAACAAUGAGAUUUUCCUA